ACCUUGCGCCAUCACACAGUAAAUGAAUUACUGAAAAACACUGUUCAUUCGCAAACAAAAGCGGCAUUUGGCUUCCGAGUCAAAGGACUUUCAAGAAAUUCGACAAACGAUGUCACUUCUGAAGGGUAUUACAAAUCAGUCACCGUUGGACCAUUGGUUGUUUGGAGUCUCCUCCUAAGCUUUAUCGCUCUCACUAUUAUUUUGUCAAACACACUUGUUAUUUUUUCAUUCAUCAAGUAUGCCAAAUUGCGCACGCGCACCAACUGCCUAAUAAUUAGCCUCGCUGUGGCGGACUUACUGGUCGGUCUCGUUUCCGUACCUGGUUGGCUAAUCCUUAUUCACAAAGAGGAAAAUCAAAGGUCUACUUGGUAUAGCGUUCUCAUGGAAAUAUGGUAUGUCUUUGAGAUCCUUAGCGGAGUGGGGUCCAUAUUUCAUCUAAUGGCUCUAAGCUGGGAUCGACUGUGUGCCAUUGUAUGGCCGCUGAAGCAUCGUUCAUACACUAAAACGAAAUAUCUGGUUAUAAUCUUCGUAGCUUGGUCAGUGGCAACGCUAGUGUCAGGGCUCUCUGUAACUGGAAAUAGGAAUUCGCCACAAGCGUACAACAUGACAGUUAUUUGCCUGUGUUUCUUCCUGCCUCUUGUUCUGAUCUUUUUAGGCCAAGGAAUAACUUUGGUCACUAUCAAACGCAACAUUGCUAAAUUUCACCAUAGCUCCAGCCUAAAGCGGGAUGUCAGAGCGACUAAAACAAUUCUUAUCAUGAUAGGCUUGUUUUUGAUUGCCUGGCUGCCAUUCUUUUCUUUGGGUUUGGUUCGUUUCAUACAAGACGACCACUCUGCAUUACCCGCAAACGCAAUCUUUGCAGUCAAAAUGUUGCAAUACAGUAAUUCACUUUUUAAUCCCAUUCUUUACGGGCAAAAGUUUCCAGAAUUCAGAAAAGCAUACAUAAUGAUUUUAUGUUCUGCCAAAAGUGAUGGUGACAGCGCACGGUUUGCAAUUUCUUCAUCAGUAAACACAAAUAACUUUGGAACUUCUUCGUCCACUAUUCGUGCGUUAUGUCCUCCUCCACAAAGAUCUCACAGAUUAUUACGUGCCUUGAUAAGGCAGCAUGACGAGAAGAUAGACAAACCACAGGAAGAGGAGGAGCUGACGUUCAUGGACAGUGGUCUUUGACACUUUUUAAAAGGAUUUAUUGCAUAGUGCACGCCUUCAGUGGAAGCUAGACGGCGAGUAUGUCUUCUUAAAUGAUGUUCAUUUAACAUGGUGCAUUUACAAAAAACCUGUGUUCUCAAUUUUGUUUGGGCUGGAUCGUAAGAAAGAGAAAAAAGUAGUUUUACUAGAGUAAAUAGUGUGCUUUGGCUAUUCUUAAUUUACUGCUACCCAUAAAGCCUUGCUGUGGAAAUAAAAUUAUGAAAGAAUUUCUGAGGAAGCUAUGCCUCUUCGCCAUCGACGUUUAUUUGAG